GUUGCUGGAGGGUAUGUGGCGCACGACCAGGCGGCGUCGUUGCGGCACCAGCCGGAUUUGGUGGUGGCCACACCUGGCCGGCUGCUGGACCAUUUGAUGAACUCCCAGUCCGUUCACAUGGAGCUGCUGGAGAUCGUGAUCUUCGACGAAGCGGAUAGGCUGCUGGAGAUGGGCUUCCGGCAAGAGUGCCUGGAGGUUCUCAAGCGCUGCUCACAGGGUCGACAGACGAUGCUAUUCUCCGCCACCAUGAACGCUUCGGUGGAGGAUCUCGCGGGUUUGGCGCUGAUCAAGCCGGAACGAGUCCAUGCGAGCCCCGUGAACGCCGUGGCGCAGACGCUGGAGCAGGAGUUUGUGAAGGCGCCCAGCGCGGAGCUGAGAGAGGCAGCCCUCUUGAGCCUGGUGUCGCGGAACUACGACUCCAAGGUCAUCGUCUUCUGCUCCACGAAGCAGGUCGCCCAUCGCCUGGCCAUCAUCUUCGGCCUGUGCCGCCUCAAGUUCGCGGAGAUCCAUGGGGAGCUCUCGCAGGGCGAGCGCGCUGCUUCUUUGCAGAGCUUCCAGAGCAACAAGGCAGACUUCCUGAUUGCCACAGACAUUGCAUCUCGCGGCUUGGAUCUGCCGAACACGAAGACCGUGAUCAACUUCCAGUUGCCGGCGGAUGUGGGUGGCCUCAUGUGUCAAGGCCUCUGCAAGGAGGUGUGGUCCCCCUUCGCGCACGACCUGGCGCGCCUGCUGGGCGCCAAGCUGCAGCCCGUGGCCACUCCACGCCCGGAGGUGCUGAGUUGGCGAGUGGCGUCCUUGCAGCUGCUGGCCCUGGACAUCUUGGGCCACGGCGCGGCACGCGCCCAGGCUUUGGCCCCGGCCCAGGUGGACUGGCUUGAGUUCUCGCAUCAGCUGGAGGAAGUGCUGAAGGAAUGCGUACCAGAAGCGCCGCAGGCGCCUGAGAUCAUCGGUGUAGGCCACUCCCUGGGCGGCGGCACCUUGCUGCUGUCUCAGGCCCUGGGCCAGCAGCGCUUCUCGCGGCUCUGCGUCUUCGAGCCCAUGUACCUCUUCGUGGAGGAGCGGAUCAGCCGCAUGGCAAACGUCCCGCUGAUGUCUGCUGAGAGGCCGCCGCCCCUGGUGCCGAUGACGCUGAAACGCCGCAGCGUUUGGCCCAGCCGCCAGGAGGCAGAAGAAGACCUGUCCAAGAAGACAUUCUACGCGGCCUGGGACUCGCGCGCGCGGCAAGCGUACUUUGACGGCGGACUCAUAGGCAAUCAGCCGGUGGAGCUGGCUUGCCCGCCGCGGAGGGAGGCGGCCGUCUUCUCCUCCGGCGUCCCAGUGGCGUUGCUGGAGGCCCUGCGCCGGCCCAAGGGCCUCAACGGCUGCGCACUGCACGUGGCGCUGGGCAGCCGGGACACCAUGUGGAGCGCGCCGGUGGCGCAGGAGAUCUUCGGGGCCUUGCGGCCAGCUCCACGGAUCGCAGCCCGCAAAGGGUGA